AUGGCCAGCCGGGGCAGACACCCGCUGUUAUCCUACCAGCCGUUCCGUUUCCUGUUCCAAUUGUCAUAUGUCGCCAUAGUGGUAGCGCGCCUGCCCUACUAUGUCGCAGUGGCUCUGCUCCCCGCCCUCAGGCCAAAUCCAACAUGGAGCGCCAAGCAGACCUUCAUGACCCGUCUUGUAUCCCCAGUGCUCGAUGCCACUUCUCGCAUCGGCAUCACGGAGACGCUCACCCUGGAAGCGGGCAAGGAAGGCGCGAGGUUCCAGACCGUGCCACCGUCCACUUUGGACGCCUAUCGAGGACCAGCGGCACACAAGACCGUCAAACCAGCUACAAUUGGAGGGACGUGGUUUCCCGAAGCCCCAGCUGGCGACGGUGUGGGGGACAAGACUGUGUUCCUCUACUUCCACGGCGGUGCCUUCGUCCAGGGCGACGGGCGCGACGCGACCUGCAAGUCCGUUGCCGCGAAGCUACUCGAGAAAGGGGGUGCAGAUGUUGUCUUCUCCGUGCAGUACCGCCUCUCCGGGCACGGAAACGCGAAUAACCCGUUCCCGGCAGCGCUACAGGACGCCAUAUCCAGCUACCUCUUCCUCGUGAACGGACUCGGCAUUCCAGCCCGUCAGAUUGUGGUAGCGGGCGACAGUUCCGGCGGAAAUCUGGCGACGGCCUUGUUGCGAUAUCUCCACGAGUUCGAAGUUGCGAUUGGUGUGAGCGGCCGGGGGCAGCCGAAGUGCGCGGUGCUGCUCUCGUCCUGGGUCGCGCCUUUUGAAUACGAUAUGAAGGACAACCCGCACUGCGGCACCGACUUCAUCCCGUCUUCGUACCCUGCAUGGGGUGCGCACAGAUAUGCGGGCCACUUACCCCCGGCCGAUGCUGCUUCGAAUCCGUACAUCACGCCCCUGGGAAACCCGUUCCCGACCCCCGUGCCCAUCGCGCACGCGGGGACGGCCGAGCUGUUCUGCGAGCGCAUCACGAGGUGGGCGGACGAGAUGCGCGGGGUCGAGGGGAAUGUCGUGGAGUUGUGUUAUGAAGAGGGCGCGGUUCAUGAUACGUUUUUGGUCGGCGAGCUGCUGGGGUUUGAGAGGAGCGCUUGGGAGGUUGCGGCGAAGAUCGGGGAGUUUGUGGGCAGGUUCUGA